AUGAAUUCGACUGAACUACAGCAGUUCAGUGAUGAUGAAGGCUGGAAAGGUCUUCAUGAGGAAGGGCAUUACCUGCACGACUGUGUCGAGGACCCACACAGGUUGUACGCCAAGAUUAAGCGUGUUGUGUUGACUGCUGAUUAUGCAGUCGAUUGUCUGUCAUUUAGAUCACAACUUGACGAGGCUAAACGUCAAACGAUAGCAAGACAGCGUCUAAUCCUACGCAAACGUUUAGAGAAGACGACAGGAGCACGACAGCUUACUGACAGUCACGAUGAUGAGCAGUUCGGACAAGAAGCUCCAGAAUUUGACGGAAACGAUCUGAGACAAAGAAAGCAAGAGUUACAGAAGGAGGAUAAGGAACGUCGCGAUAAGUUUGUGAAGCUGGAGAUGUCGAAGGAGCAUCAGCGACGAGAGCUGCUCAAGAAGAUGUCGGAGAAAGACAGACUGGAGGCUGAAGAGAAGCAUAAAUUUGAGAAAGAUAAGAAAACCAAGCACCCCAAGUUGCAUCACCCGGGAAGCAAGUCCCAGUUUGAGGAAGUCUGGGAAGAGGAAGAUGGUCUUGAUAAAGAAGAUUUCGAUCCAAGAACAUUCUUCCAACUACACGGCAAUAAGGUAUCCAAGAUCUAUGGAGACGAUGCGACAGUAGAAAUGCAAGAAGAAAUAGCUCAAAUGAGAGAACACAUCUUGAACGAGUCAGAAAUACCAAAAACUAAAGCGACGAACGUGUGGCUCGUAUGGAAUGUUAGCCUUGUAAGUCAGUUGGGUGGAGGCCGAGUGACUGGAAUGUAA